GCUAUAGGUAGGUAGUCAGUCAUACAUAGAACGGACGGCAGUAGCCCGUGCGCAACAUUGCUUGUUAUAAGUUUUCCAGUUUUCAGGAAAAAUAUUAAAAAAGUGACAAAAAUUUUUUGUGACAUAAGUGAUUUUUUGGGAAUAUUUUUUUCUAAACACGAGUGAGAAAAUCAAAAUGGAGCAACAAAACGGUGCCAAUGAUUUGCCUUACGUGGUUCAUACUUCUGAAGAACUAGGAAAAUACCUCGUCGCCUCACGGGACCUGACUCCAGGUGAUCUGGUGCUGACUGAAAGACCACUGGUUUUUGGUCCUAAAGGCAUGCUGGACCCUGAGGAAGUCAUGCCUUGCGUUGGUUGCUACAAGCCCGUGUUGACUGAAGCUGGAGAGCGGUGUGCUAAAUGCGGAUGGCCAGUUUGUUCAGGAAACUGCUCAGGGUUAAAAGACCCAAGGCAUCAUGCUGCUGAGUGCGAGAUUCUCAGUCUGAGAUCAGAAUGUGCGCUCAAUGAUAUGGCUGAUUACUACAGACACGAUGCCCUACUUCCAUUGAGGUGUGUGCUUCUACAGAAGACAGAUCCUGAGGGUUGGAAGAAUUUAUUGGAAAUGCAAUCGCAUAUGGAAUGUCGGACACCUGGAACAGAAGCUUAUGAUGAGGCGAAUGAAUUCAUCGUCGAAUAUCUAAUGAACAACUUCGUGAGCAAACUCGAUGAGAAACAGAAGAAGGCGUAUGAAAUUACUGCAGAAUUACUUCACAGAAUAUGCGGAAUCAUUGAUACGAAUGCUUUAGAAAUACGUUUGCCACAAGGAUCUGAACUGAACGCUCUAUACGCGGAGACUUACAAAAUGGAACAUAGCUGUGUUCCUAACACUAAACAUACUUUCAAUCUUUCACCAAAAGAUAGGAAAGAUUUGUACAAGAUAACAAUCAAAGCCGUUGUACCAAUACUAAAAGACAACCACAUAUCGACAAUGUACAGCCACGCACUAUGGGGAACUCAAGCAAGAAGACAGCAUUUGAAAGACACAAAAUACUUCGCUUGUCAAUGCCCAAGAUGUAGCGACCCUACUGAAUUAGGUACUUAUUUAAGUGCAAUGAGAUGUUUAGGUGAUGGCAAUAACCCGUGCGAUGGAAUCCAUCUACCAAAGGAUCCUUUAGAUGAUGAAACAGAUUGGUCUUGCAACAAAUGCCCAGCUAAAGUAAGCAAUAUGCAAAUAAAUAUGGUCAUAUCACAAAUGGGAGAAGAUGUUGAAAACGUUCUGAUGAUGGGUGGAUCAGUAACUGUCUUGGAAAACCUUCUAUUUAGACUAUCAACCUUUUUGCAUCCGAAUCAUUAUCACAUGUAUACGAUUAAACAUUCAUUAGUGCAGUUAUAUGGAAGACAGCCGGGUUAUACGUCGAAGGAGAUUUUAGAAAAGAAAAUUAAAAUGUGUAGAGAACUUAUAGCUGUGACAAAAACUUUAGACCCGGGUAAUGCUAGACUAAGUUUAUACAACAGCGUGUUGCAGCAUGAACUACAUUCUGCUCUAGUCAUGAAGUUCAAGAAUGGUGUAAAGGAUGAAGAGGUGAAACCUCUACUAACUGAAGCUAAACUAGCAGUUGAAGAUGCAUUAAAUUCUCUUAAAGAUGACAUGGAAGAAGUUUCUGGUAAAAAACUACAAUCUGUCAUUGAAGAGAGCAAACAUGAAUUUGAGAGGUUAUGUAAACAAAAGAAUCUGGAGAUCUGAUGAACAUAGUUAAUCUAAUAAAGUUGUUUUUUAUUUUUA